CGUUUUCCAUUUUCAUCUUCAUUUUUUCUCAGUGCUGCAUCGUUGUCAUUUGCAUCAUAGCUUCCAUAUAUGGUGCAAAGCCUAGUGAAGCCCUUAUUUUCAACCCAUUUUGUGACCAAAGCUUAGGGUUUUGUUGAUUGUAUUGGUGCCCAAUCUAAGGUGAUUCAUUGGGUUGCUUUUGGGAAUGAGAGAUGGUUAUUUAUGAACAUUUAGACGUCAAUCAUGAACACUCAGGUGUCAUGCAGUGGGGCAUUCAACUUCUUGAUGGUGAUCCAAUCAAUUCUGGUAGUUAUUAUGAGCAGAUAACACAUCAUGGUGCUGAUGACGUUUCUAAUGGACACUAUCAAGAGCAUUAUGAUACAGAUGGUACUCAUGUGGAGAAUGAUGAGGCUAUUGCGCGUACGCUUCAAGAAGAGUUUUUGCAGCUGACAAUGUCAGAAGUGUCUGGAUAUUCACAUGCAGGAGAAGAGCACUAUCAAGCGUCAAAUAUUGAACAUGAUUGGCAUAGUCCAUCACCAAUGAACUACUAUUCAGACCACAAUUAUGGCCAGGAAGAAGCUGACUAUGCGGAGCCUUCCACUUUAUGUUCUAGCACUGGUGAUAGAGAGGAGUAUCCUUAUUCUUUGGAGCCAACCAAUGAAUAUGCACUUGAUGGUGAAGUAGGCACGAGACUGGAUCAAAUGAUCCUUAUUCCUCAUGUUCCUAGGAUCAAUGGUGAAAUUCCUUCAAUUGAUGAAGUGACUUCAGAUCAUCAGAGGCUUCUGGACAGAUUGCAGAUGUAUGACUUUGUAGAGCAUAAGGUUCAAGGAGAUGGUAAUUGUCAGUUUCGUGCUUUAUCAGAUCAAUUACAUCACACACCUGACAACCACAAGUUUGUAAGGCAACAGGUCGUGAGUCAGCUUAGAUCUCACUCAGAGAAUUAUGAGGGAUAUGUUCCCAUGGAAUAUGAUGACUAUUUGGAGAAGAUGUCCAAGAGCGGUGAGUGGGGUGAUCAUGUCACAUUGCAAGCAGCUGCAGAUUGUUAUGGUGUGAAAAUUUUUGUUAUGACAUCUUUUAAGGAUACCUGUUGCAUAGAGAUUCUUCCUAAUUUCCAGAAGCCAGAUCGAGUUAUUUUCUUGAGCUUUUGGGCUGAGGUGCAUUACAACUCAAUCUAUCCUCAAGGAGAUGUGUCCACAAGCGAGUUUAGAAAGAGGAGAAGGUGGUGGAUGUUCCGGAAUAAGCAUUAGGAGAUGUCUGGCUGGCAUGGGGCACACAUCCCCCAUUUUGUUGUCGCUACCAAUGCUACUUAACGUAUACACAUAGUUUCCUUGGUUCAAAGACUUGCUCCAAGCUAUCAUACUUCCUGAAUACUCAUAUGUGUUGAAUUAUGUCAUAUGAAGAAUAAACUAUAUUAUCUCUUCUUUGUUUUGAACGUUACCAGUCAUAUUUUGGAUCAUGAAAGUUAAGUCGCACAUUGACCAGACGAAUGAUGAAAGGUAAUGUAUAUGUCAAGUCCUACAAUGGUUGUAAACUAGGUGAGAUUUGGUUAUAUAAAUGAUUUUAAAGAGCUUCAAUUGUAAAUUCAACAGUUGUUUUGGAUUAUAGAGCUUCCUUAAGUUGUGACAA